CUUGCGAAAAGCAGUUAAACUGAAUUCGGUCAGCGAACGGAGGGCUUUCUAUGCUGCGGUCAGUUCCACGGAUUCUUUGCGUUUUCUAAACGUAUUUUUUCUUCUGACGCUGGCUCACCCAGAAGACACAGGCAAUUGACAUUUCGCAUAACUAUAUCACGUUAAUUUGGUAGCAUAACAGUUUCCGGGCAAACUAACUUCGCCUUCUAGUUCUUAAUUAAUGAAAUAAAGCUCGUGGAACCCAGUAAUUUCGAGUCAGUGGCAUCGCCGGAAAUAAAAGUGACGUGAAAAUUGUCGCUUCAGUUCAAAACUUGCCGCUCUCAUUCAUUGUUCUUAAAGCCAAGAUUUAGGGUUCAAUUUGAAAUCGCGCUUAUAAAAUUACUGGUAUAGGAUUUGUGCGCCUUUUUCUGGACCGGUCGGUCGGUACACGGGCUGCCAUGGCACUGCUGGUCGCAGGAGUCGGGGAGCUCGGCUGGACAGUGAGAGUAAGCAGCAGACUGAGACGCGGUCCGCUCGUUACCGCCGGUGGCACGGCCCUCAGGAGGUACACAACCGGGGACGAGUACCUGCAUAGGAGCAUCGUGCCAACAAUGCAUUACCAGAAAAGUUUACCAAGAUUACCUAUCCCUAAACUGGAAGAUACGAUAAGAAGAUAUUUGGCUGCCCAGAGACCACUCUUAAAUGAUGACCAGUACAGAAACACAGAGAAACUGGCUCAGAACUUCCAAAGUGGGGUGGGAAAAGAACUACAUGCAGAGUUGGUGGCACAAGACAAAAAGAACAAGCAUACCAGUUACAUCUCCAGACCAUGGUUUGACAUGUACCUCUCUGCACGGGACUCUGUUGUCCUGAACUUCAACCCCUUCAUGUCCUUCAACCCAGACCCCAAACCAGACUACAACAACCAGCUUCUGCGGGCUGCCAACAUGGUCUGUUCCGCAGUCCGCUUCAUGAAGACAUUACGUGCGGGGUUCCUAGAGCCUGAGGUUUUUCACCUAAAUCCAGCUAAGAGUGAUACGAAGAGCUUCAAAAAGCUAAUACGCUGGGUGCCACCAUCGCUGUCGUGGUAUGGGGCCUACAUGGUGAAUGCUUACCCGCUAGAUAUGUCCCAGUAUUUCCGCCUCUUCAACUCCACCCGCAUUCCCAGGUUUGGUUGUGAUGAGUUGUUCACUGACAAAAAAGGACACCAUCUACUGGUGAUGAGGAAAGGCAACAUGUAUGUGUUUGAUAUACUGGACCGUGAUGGGAACAUGCUGAAGCCAGCCGAGAUCCUGGCCCACUUGCGGUACAUCCUAGUGGAUUCGGCCCCACCACCUGACUUUCCGCUUGGUUUCCUGACCAGCGAGAACCGGGAUGUGUGGGCAGGUCUGCGGGAGAAGCUGGUGGAGAUGGGGAAUGGUGAGACUCUGGCACUCGUGGACAGUGCCCUCUUCUGCUUGUGCCUGGAUGAAGAGCCAAUGCGGGAUCACAUCCACAUCUCUCACAACAUGCUCCAUGGUGACGGUGCCAACCGAUGGUUUGACAAGUCCUUCAGCAUCAUCAUAGUCAAGGAUGGGACUGCUGCCAUCAACUUCGAGCAUUCCUGGGGAGAUGGUGUAGCUGUGCUCCGCUUCCAGAAUGAAGUCUUCAAGGAAACCACAGAGAGGCCCCAGCUAAACCCUGGCACCCCCAUGGCUACUGUGGACUCGGCUACUGCAGUGCGACGACUUGAGUUCAGGUUGAAUGGAACUCUACAGAAUAGCAUCAGCAAAGCCAAAGAGAACUUCAAAUCUGCUAUCUCCAAACUGACAAUUGCUGCUAUGGAGUUCAAGAAGGGAGGUAAAGAGAUGCUGAAGGAGAAGAAGCUGAGCCCUGAUGCAGUGGUGCAGCUCGCCUUUCAGAUGGCCUUUCUGCGGCAGUAUGGGCAGACAGUGGCCACCUAUGAGUCCUGCAGCACUGCAGCCUUCCGCCACGGCCGCACAGAGACCAUCAGGUCAGCAACUAUCCACACGCAGCGCUGUGCCCACGCCUUUCUCCAGCAGCCUGGCCGGUACUCGGUAGAAGAACUGCGCUCCAUGCUGACCGAAUGCUCCAAGUACCACAACAAGUUGACCAGAGAGGCAGCUAUGGGUCAAGGAUUUGACCGCCAUCUGUUUGCCUUACGCUAUCUGGCCAACUCCAAGGACAUGGCUCUGCCGAGCCUGUAUCAGGACCCAGCUUAUGCCGCCAUCAACCACAACAUCCUGUCCACUAGCACACUCACAAGCCCAGCCGUGAGACUGGGGGGAUUUGCCCCGGUGGUGCCAGAUGGAUUUGGUGUUGGCUAUGGGGUCCAUGAGGAAUGGAUUGGCUGUAAUGUAUCCAGCUACCCUGCCCGGGAUGUUGAAGAAUUCUUGCGCUGUGUCUACAAGUCACUGGAUGAUAUCUUUAGUGUUCUGGAAGGAAAGUCUAUUAGUUAAGACCUAAACAGAAUAAUCAGGCAACUACAAAUAAUAUGAUUCAGGACACAGAUGGGAAAGUUGUUGUUCUAAAAUACUGAAGCUGAUACCCAGUUCUCUCUCCAUCCAUCAUCAAUAACUGUUUAUCCUGUGCAGAGGAGUGGUGGUCUGGAGCCUAUCCUAGAAACAAAGGGUAUGAGGUAGCGGGCAACCGGAACAGGAUGCUAAUUUACCCCAGGGCAAUCAUAUACACUCAUACAGGACAAGUAAUUUAGUGUCACCAGUUCAUUUGAAAUGUAACUUGUGCCUAUGGGAGAGAAACAUACACCUGGAGAAAACCCACAAAAAUACUGUGAGAACAUGCCAGCUCCACAGACUGAGCCAGAGUCAAACCCACACUGGAGUCUACCACAACACGAGAGCUGUGAGGUACCUGCUGCAUUAGCGUGCCACACCAAAAUGUACAGUGUGGAAAAGGGAAGGUGUAGGAGACAAGGUGAAUCUUUGCAUAACAGCCCUUUCCCUGCUACUGCAGUUGGCCAACCUUAUUGUAAUGUAGCAUGUUUUGGGGAAUCCAUUAAUCAUUGUCUCAUUUACACCCAAGACACUAUGUCCACGUAAUUACCUCAAGUAAGAGCUGUAAGCAAAAACAGUGCAGCCCUCCAGGAUUGGAGAUUUUCACCUGGUCUAUAGGUGUCCUCAAACUCUUCAACUUCAUUUUCCAUCUAUAGUGUUUUACCACUUAAAUCAUAUACUGUAGUUCCUUAGUUCACCUGUAGUUUUUUUAUGCUUUUUUUUUGUGUCUUAAGUCUUCAAGAAUGUUGUCCUUGUUAAUGAAAAAAAAUCACAUUUGAUCAUAUGAAGGUAUUACUAAAGAAGUUUAAUCCUGAUCACCAUAAUUUUGCUGUCUUUAUCAAAUGGCAGACAAGAUUGAGAAAGAAGCUAAUGUGCCAGUGAAUAAGUGCCUUUAAUAAAGUCUUCUGGAGCCUUUACAUGACCACAGUAAUGCUUGAUUUUUAAUGGUUUAUACAUAUGUUACUCUGCAAACUAUACUGGACAAUAAUACAAGUUAUAAAUUCCAGAAAUAGUUAGACAGAAAUAUAAAGAUGGAAGGAUGAUUUACCAGUACUUACCACUGAUAGAACUGGAAAAAAUGGAAGAAAUAAUUAUGAAAUGUGUUACAAGAAAUAUAUUGCUGCAUCGUUUUCAAUUAAUUGUUCCAUGUUUGAAUACACAGAAUUUCUAAUGUCAUCUUUCAGGCAGGUCAUGUACCUACUGAAGCUCACUAUACUGUUUGGUCUCUCUAUUUUAGUGUAA